CUGCUUCUCACUAGAACUCCAGGAUUUACCUCUCGAUGUCAUGUACAAAUGUAACAAAUAAAAUCGGAUACCAAUGAUUAUUUAUAAUAAUAAUAAUAAUUUAUUCAUUUGUAAUCAUUCUCAUAGUUCAUCUUAAACUAUAGACCAAUCAAAUUCCUUAUAUGAUUAACCAAUCAUGAAUAUUUGAUAGAUUCCUUUUAUUUUAUUUUAUUUUUUCGUUAAAUAUCAUAAAAACCUUUUUUUUUCUACAUUAAAAAGUAUUAAAUUGGUUUUAACAGUUACCAAAUAAAAAAACACACUUGGAUACUAUCUGGAAUAAAAAUUUAAAAAAAAAAAUGAAUGUUAUUAUGAAUAGACCGAAUCUAAAUCAAACAUCCCCCCUCAAGAAUAAUUCAUUACCCAAAAAUUCAUUUUUAUUAAAUUUAACUAAAACAUUUCAUGUAUCCAAUAUCUCAUUAGCUAUAUUCAUAUUAGUUGUCAUCUGUAUUCUAUGCUUAACAUUUAUUAUAUUAACUAUCUUAUGUAUACGUACAUUUAUACGUAAAAAGUAUAUGCCAAAAAAAUAUAAAAAAAAGGAGAAACCAAUCUAUGUUGAUGAUAUACCAGGAUUAAUGAAACCCAAUAAUGAAUUACAUAAUACUAAUAAUAAUAAUAAUAAUAAUGGUACAAUUGAAUAUUCAUUAAGUUAUAAUAUAGAAGAAGAACAAUUAAAAAUUUCUAUUAUACAAGCUAAUAAUUUGGCAAUCUCUAAUAAUAAACAAGAAUCAUUAAAUACUUAUGCAACUAUUUCUUUAAUGAAAUAUGAUAAUAAUACAAAAUUGAAUAAUCCAUUUAAUAAUCUUGAUCCUAAUCUUGAUCUUAAUCUUAAUGAUAAACAUUUAAAAUUGAUUGGUAAACAAUAUAGAACUGAUAUUAUACAUCAUUCUAAUAAACCAUGUUGGAAUCAAUCAUUUAUAUAUAAAUUAAAAAAAAAUCAAUUAAAAUAUAUUAUAAUUAUUAUUGAAAUAUUUAAUUAUAAUGAUCAAUAUUUAGAUACUAAUUUAGGUAAAUUAUUUAUAUUAUUAAAUCAAUUAGAUCAUAGUGAUUAUGCUGGUAAAUUUUUUGAAAAAACUGAUUGGUUAUUGAUUAAUCAUUCAAUUAAUAAUCAUCAUAAUUAUAUUUUAGGUGAAAUUUCUAUUGGUUUAAUUUAUGAUCCAAAUCAUUUAAAUAUUAAUUUAUAUAUAUAUGAAAUAAGAAAUUUAAAUUUAAAUCAAUAUUUCAAUGAUACUACUAAUGAUGAUGAUGAUGAUGAUGAAGAUACUACUUAUAAACAAAAAUGGAUAUCUUCAUCUAUUGAAUUAGAUAUUGUAGCUUAUAUGAAAUAUAAUAAUCGUCUACUUCAAAAAUAUAAAACACAAUCCCGUAAAGAAUUAAUUAAUCCAUAUUUUAAUGAAAAAUUUUGUUUUAAAAUUAAAGAAAAAUAUUUAAAAAAUUUAAAUAUUAUUAUUCAAUUAAGACAAUUGGAAAAAUGGCAUUAUGGAAGAAUUCUAGGUGAAGUAUGUAUUGGUCAAAAUGUAUUUCAAUUAAAAAGUAUUAAACAUUGGGAUGAAUUAUUAAAAUUCCCUGGUAAAUUACAUGUUAGAUGGCAUCCAAUUUAUGCAAUUCCAAUAAAACAAAAUUCAUUUCUAUUAGAUUGGUUAUGUUUUGAUCAUUUUUGAAAUUAAUUAAUAUGAUGUAAUGACUUGUAAACAUCCUUAUUCAUUGUUAUGUAAUAGUGUAAUGGAAAGUGUUUUAAUGGUAUUUUGAAUUAUAAAAUACAGUGUUGAUAAUAAGCUUUUA